AUGUCGAAUGCGAAUACAUCUACACAACAGCAAUCAGCCAACGAAAAUAAAUCUGUUUUUACUGAAGCAGGUCGAUCAAAAAUAGCUUCUGAAGUCGGUCAAUGUGGCACAGGGAUGACAAAUAAUUCAGCAAAUACUGAAAAUUCAUGUAAAAGUUGUAAUAUCAAAGAAUGUGACAACGCCAACCAUAAGAAAACUGGAUCAUCAACAUGA